GCGCUCGCGGGCGUGCGGAGCUGCGUCGCCGUGUCGUCCUGCAAGGGCGGCGUGGGCAAGUCGACGGUCGCGGCGCACCUCGCGCACGCGCUCGCCGCGCGGGGCGGGAGGGUCGGCCUCGUCGACGCGGACGUCAUGGGCCCGUCCGCCCCCACGGUCCUGGGCCUCGAGGACGCGCGCGUCGAGGCGUCGCCCGCGGGCGGCGGGCUGGCCCUGCCGGUGGAGAGCCGCGGCGGCGUGCGCGUGGCGUCGUUAGGGUUCGUGAACGUCGCGCCGUCGACGAAGCCCGGCGCCGCUUUGCGGGGCCCACUCGCGGGCCGCGUCGCCGCGCAGCUCUUCCGGAUGACGGACUGGGGCGAGCUCGACUACCUGGUCGUGGACCUGCCGCCGGGCGUCGGCGACGUGACGCUCGGGGUCUGCGCGGCCGUCGCCGUCGAGGCCGCCGUCGUCGUGACGACGCCGAGCAGAUUAGCGCGCGUGGACGUGCUCAAGGGGCUCGAGCUCCAGGAGGGGCUGGGCGUGCCCACGGCGGCCGUCGUCGAGAAUCUCGCGGUGGCGGUCUGCCCGGGCUGCGGCGCGGAGAACAGACCGUUCGGCGGCGGCCACGCGGCGGAGCUCGCCGCCGCGGCGGGCGUC